AAUUAUUUAGUAUAUGAACACCAAGGACAACAAAGGAAAUAAUUAUUAAUCUUCUCUCAGUGAUGAUACGUAUGGCCAUCGAUUAUUCAAUGGCGGCCAUGCAACCUCAGCCAACCACAUAAUCUUUACCUUUUUUUCUUAGUUGUUAAUGAAACAGAUUUGAUAACUUCCAAGCAGGCAGGCAGGCUGAGCUUUUGAGUGUGCUUUCUCGAGAGAAAAAAAAAACAGCAGUUAAAAGCAAAAAACCAUGGUGGCUUUAGGCCUCCAAGCCACACAUUUGAUUGCCCCUCAAAAGUUACCAAUACGUAAACAAAGAACCUUUAGCAACAUUAUCAUCCGGUGUAGUAUUGCAGAGCCGUCGGGAGAACCAGCAUCAUUGGGACAAAAAACUAAAUACAACGAUGGGUUGUUUGCCAAGGCAUUUAUGGGUCUUUUCGCCCGCAAGAUGGAGAAGUUCGCGGCUUCACCAAAAGCUGGAACAGAACCAAAGAAAGGGGUUUUCGACUAUGACUAUGAGAGCUUUGUUGAGGUGUCAAAGAGAGUAAUGCAAGGGAGGUCUCGGUUGCAGCAGCAACAAGUGGUCCGACAAGUGCUCUUGUCCAUGCUCCCACCGGGCGCACCAGCUCAGUUUAGGAAAUUGUUUCCACCAACAAAGUGGGCUGCAGAGUUCAAUGCUGCACUCACUGUUCCUUUCUUCUACUGGUUAGUUGGUCCAUCUGAGGUUGUGGAAGUGGAGAUAAAUGGAGUGAAGCAAAAAAGUGGGGUUCAUAUUAAGAAAUGCAGGUACCUAGAGAACAGUGGGUGUGUUGGUAUGUGUGUGAAUAUGUGCAAAAUUCCAACCCAAGAUUUCUUUACCAAUGAGUUCGGCCUUCCAUUAACCAUGAUCCCAAAUUUUGAAGACAUGAGUUGUGAAAUGGUGUAUGGACAAGUUCCACCAUCUUUCGAGGAGGACGAAGCAUCCAAGCAGCCUUGUUUUGCAGAAAUAUGUUCCAUGGCAAACCCCAAGUCUAGCGUCUGCCACAAAUUACAAGCUUGAGAUCAUACUUCCCUGCCUUAAUUAGUUCUCUUGCAGGGAAAAGAAGUCGAGGGAAGACUACCUCAUACAUACAUAAAUACAUGUAUAUAUAGUUCAAGACUUCUUUCUUAUACCCUGAUAGUCUCCAUGAUCUUUCAACCUACAUACAUCUUAUGCUCUCUUUUUUUUUUUUUCUUUUUUUUUUUCUAUAAUUAAGAGGAAAUGGAGGGAAAUUUCAAUAACAUUAUUAGAUUUUUUUUAUGGGUUGGGGGAGUUUAAAAUCCGUGUAUAUAUUUACCGGUUAAAGAUUAUUUAAUUAUUAGUGUUGUAGGCCAAUUUGGCCUAUAAAAUAACAAA